UGGAAGCACUUGGACUCCAGCCGUAUCUAAGGGAAUAAUGUAACGUGUUAAAAAAUGACACGCUAUUGCAGGUUUUGUUUGCAGAUAUUAACGAUUUUAAACGUAUUUAACGACGUAUUUCAUUGUACUGAGCGAAUUUUGCCAAUAUGCUUGAAUGUGCAUCGUGGAUGGGGUAAUUUUUAAUCAGCAAGGAACUGCAGGGCUGAUGUAUCAAAUGAUCAUGUCAUAGCUGGAGGCAUUCGUAAAUCCGUAGCAUGACUUCAGAUUACUUGGGCUACAAGUGUCUAGUUGCGUGUCUCUUUAACACAGAAACGGUUUUGUUUGUCCAUCUUGUCCUACGGAUUUUUGCGUGUUCAUUUUUUAAAUCUCUUUACGGAAUUCAUACACGACAACGUUAUUUAUAUCGUGAGUAAAGCAACUAAAGGACAGAUGGGAAAAGGCUUCCAAAAAAUGCUUCUUUCACUAUUAAUUGUAGGUAUUAUUGGCAUUCUAGUUUUAGUGCUCAUGAACAGUCAUACAUAUUACAUACAAGCUCCUCUAACAAGAAAAGCUCCUCCAUCAAAUAAUAAAUUCAAAAUCCCAGAGGCUUCAUAUUUAAUAACACCAAUCAAAGACUCGGAGCAUUUCAUGGUGUCUGCGUUUAUCGACCAAAGACUGGAUGGGGUCAUUCGAGUCAUCGCCAUAAUCAAAAGAAACAGUCUUCAGCCCCUUUACUGUGUUUACUGCAGCGCUGAACAAGUCUGCAAAACUGUUCACACAGAUGUCCAGAUACAUAGUGACCAUUUUAGCUUUCCGUUUGGUGCCUCAGAUGUGAUUUGUAAAGGUAAACACAUGCAAAAUGCAACUCAUGUCCUCAUAACAACUGAUAAGAAAGAUUCAGCUGACCUCAAAAUGGAAUAUCUGCCAAUAAAAAAAAAGGCUGUACAAGAGACUUUCAAGUUUAACUUCACUGUUUGCAUCUCAAACCUUUUUGGCGACUACAACAAUGUACUGCAGUUUGCUCAAACGAUGGAGAUGUACAAGCUUCUGGGUGUACAGCAUGUGGUCAUCUAUAAAACUGGUUGUGGACCAGACUUGGAAAAGCUCUUAAAACAUUAUGAAACAGAGGGGAUACUGGAGAUCGUUCCAUGGCCUAUCAACCAGUUUCUGAACCCUGCAUCAGGCUGGAACAUAAAGAAGCACAAGGGAGACAUUCAGUAUUAUGGUCAGUUAGUAACCCUCAACGAGUGCAUUUACAGGCACAUGUACCAGUCCAAGUACGUUCUCCUGAAUGACAUUGAUGAAAUCAUCAUGCCUUACAAACACGCCAAUUUACCUUCUCUAAUGGAGGACCUCCAGUCUGCUCAUCCCAAUAUAGGGGUGUUCCUCAUAGAGAACCACAUAUUCCCUAAAACACAGUUUGAGGAGAGUGGGAAGUUCAAACGAGCUGAAUGGAAUAAUAUUCCAGGUGUCAAUAUCAUGGAGCACAUUUACAGAGAACCAAGUCGAGAGAACAUUUACAAUCCCACAAAGAUGAUUGUCAACCCAAGGAAGGUGCAGCAAACUUCAGUACACUCCUCUUUGAAAAACUUUGGAGGCAGUUUCCAUGUACCAUUUAAUGUAUGUAGGAUUGUACACGUGAGAGUCCCACUGCAGAGGCAUCUUACCAAAGAGCAACUCUUUAUAGACAAAAGAGUCUGGGACUUUGAGCAAGAACUGAUACAGAAUGUUGACCAGACUUUGAAACUUUCAGGUUUCCUGAAGGCUUGUAGUUGACAUGUUUGUACAU